UUUUCCCCAAACCUCCCAUGCCUACAAUGGGAAUAAAAGAAAUGUUUUGCCCGUCACUGGAUUCUUCAUCCGUUGUCAGCAGUCUUAUUAUCUUUUCUUUAUCUUCUUCCCUGCUAACAACUAAACUGCUUGAAACAGAGCCAGUUUGCUGUGAUUGUGAAGGAUUUCCAGUUGUAGGCAUGGGAGUGUCAGUAAUGUUUUUAUAGCGUUGUCCAUCUUCCAAAAUCUUAUUUAGUGUCGCUAUAAUCUUUCUCAACUUACGGGAUUGAAGAUACUGAAACAGAAAGUUUGAAGUACUAAAGGGAAGAUGGAUUAUUUGUACCUCCUUCUUCAUGCUCCAUUGGAGAUACCUUGUCGCCCAGGAGUAAAUUAGAUCAUCUGCAUCAUAAGCAGCUACUCGAAGCCUGUUGAACCACUCCAUGGAAGAACUCUGCUGAACUGCCUCCAACCUUAAACCUCGGUGGUGACAAAAGAGGUCAAUUUAGUUAGUGCAAGCCGCACAACAGGAGUUGCGAGGGGAAUAACUACUGAAGCCAUUUUGCUAUUGGCUUUUGAAGUUGAGAACCAAACACAGCAAAAUGGAAGAAAAAGAAGAUUGAAAGAAAGAAAACAUCAAUCUAAGGCGUGGACAGAGACUCAGGCUGCUAUUCAUUCUUAGAAUGUAAAAGUUUGGGAUAGGUCAGCAACGUGGAUGUCAACUUGUUUGGUAGACCAAGUUGAUGAAAAUUAAAUCAAGACAAUUUGGCUAACAGAGCAGCUCAAGUGAGGUCAGAAGCCUCCUUAGUUAUGCCUGUACAAAAAUGUCAAAUCUCAAAGGUAUCCUGUUAUAGUGUCAUGAAAUAACCCGAGCACCACACCAAGUCACCAACAACAUAUACUACUCAAACUGCAUAUAUCAAGUAUCAAGAUAUGAGGAGGGUGCUAGUUUAGUUGUUCGUUCCAAACUGGGAGGUUUUGAUAUUUCUAAAGAAGCCGAACAGGCGAAGAGGUUCUUUGCUCUUGCACUGUGGUGAAAGUAUAAUUUAAUCAUGGCGGCAGAUUCUACAAAUGGCGAGUUUCGGGAAUUCAAGAAAAUGAAAAUAUGGUCUGAGAAGAAAUCUAGCUACAAAUGCAUUAUGUUAUAUCCAAGGUGGUUCGAUGUCACUUGGGGUUUUCCUCCACACUGGCUAUGGAAUUGUUACGAAGAAACAAGUGAUGAGAACAUUGAGGUAGCCAAACUAAUGAGCGUAUGCUGGUUAAAUGUUAGAGGACAAUUUAAGAUGUCAGAACUCUCAUCAGGAGUUGUUUAUGAAAUUGCAUACAUAGUUAAAUUAACAAAGGAAGGAUUUGGGUGGGAAUUCCCUGUUACACUCAAACUCAAAGUGCCAGAGGGAAGAGAGCAAAAGCGUCAAUACAGUCUACUUGAGAAGCCCAUUGGAGAGUGGAUAGAACUUAUUGGUGGCAGUUUCCAGGCCAAGGAAGGGGAAACUAGAGAAGUGUCGUUUGAUAUUAUUGAACACGGUGGACACUGGAAAAGUGGGCUUAUCCUCAAAGGUAUCAUCAUCAGGCCAAAACAUUAAUUAGAUCAUGAACAGAUCAGACUAUCAGAUCCCAAUUCUUGGAGUAACGUUGUUGUACAUUAUUGUCCUUGCGUGCUUCUUCUCUUGGAUUUCCUGACCUAGCUAGAAGCUAGACAGGGAUUUUCUAUAAACUGCUCAAUGUUCCGUUUCUUCAAUGGUCAAUGGAGUGGUAUGCCUUUGUUGUACAUGAAAUUGUAAAAUUACUGUUUC